AUGGCGGGCGCCAUGGCGCGCCUGCGGGCCUCCAAGGCGACGUUCGAGGUCCUAACUAGCGAGUCCUUCCUCCAUCGCGCAUCGCACGGGCUCGCCGCGUCGCGCAGGUCGACUCCAGCUUCCCAGGAGGCUCAAGACGUGCUCAGGGCGCUGAGUCACCUCCCAGGCGACGUAAUCGGGCUGAUCCUGACCCAGAGUCUCGACACGGUGCAGCUUUCGCGGGGUUCCGGGCCGUACGACGACGGCGCGGCGCUCGCGGAGGAGCCCGACACUCGCAUGGAGUACGUCCUCUCCUGCGGCUGCGAGGGCAUCUGCUCCUGCGGCACACAGCCCCUCCCGUCGCGCGUGCGCUCAGAGACCGCGAACGGCCUCGCGCGGCGCUUCCUGAAGCGCGUAGCCGUCGCGGAGCGCUCCAACUCCGAAUCCAACUGCUUCGCGCCGCGGCGCGCAGCGCUCGCCCCGACGGGCCGCUGCGGGCCCCGGGCGAAGGACAUCCAGGCCCUGCUGUCGUCGCCAGGCGUGCGAGUGAUCGACCUCGGCGGCUGCACCGUCCGGGGCGACGUCGGCGACGUCAUCCAGCUCGGCCCCGGCCAGGGCAUCCGCAACGGAACCAUCGACAUCCCGGGCGGCCAGGUGCCGACCGCGCACUUUGACGGCACGGCGGACCCGACGGGGGUGGCAGUGUGGCUGUCCGGGGACGGCGCGUUUCUGCACGGCGUGACCGUGCAGGGCGCGAAGCCGAUCGCGAAGUCGCGCGACGAGGGCAGCGCGCUGCUCGUGUUCCGGUCGGACGCGACGCGAGACCCCCCCCGGGACGUCGAGGCGCCGCUGCUGGGCGCGACGCGCGCCGCGGCCGCGCUGGCGGAGGCGAACGCGCUGACGCCCGUGCGGUCGCUGGAUGACAGCACGGUGACGGGUGACGACGACGUCGAGAUGGACGGCGCGACGCCGGAGGAGCCGUCGCGCGAUGGCGGACGGCUGCGCGUGCAGCUGCGGGACUGCGAUCUGGCGAACAACGACACGAUCGCGGUGGUGGCGUGGGGGCAGGGCGUCGAGCUGGAAAUGCACAGCACGCAAGUUCGCGACAACGCCGCGGGCGUCCUCUGCUACGAGUCCGCACAGCUCGCGAUGGACGCGUGCUUCGUCUCGGGCUGCCGCCAGGGCGGCGUGAUGGUGGGCGGCCGCACCAGCCACGCAGACAAGCGCGCGACCGCGGCGCAGCUGUGCGCCGCGACGAUCGAGGGCAGCGAGAUCAGCGACAACUGCGGCGCCGGCGUGGUCAUCAGCGGCGACGCGAGAGUCAAGGUGCAGCACUGCAGCGUCUCGGGCACCCGGCCCACGCACGCCGGCGGACAGGUCUUCCUGAUCCGAUUCGGAUUCGGCGUCGGGCUCGUGUGCGACGACGGCGCGACGCUGAGCAUGGAGGACUGCCUCGUGCAGGGCAACGAGUUCGGGGGCCUCAUGGCGUCGGCGCCGGGCAGCCGGGUGGUGGCAGCCAACUGCAUGGUGGCGCACAACAAGCACUGGGGCGCGUUCGCGAACGCCGGGGCGCAGAUCGACCUGAAGUCGUGCUUCCUGCGGCGGCAGCAGCCCGGGUGCUCCGAGUCCCGCGGGAUGCAAUCUGGCGGCGUGUUUGCCCUCAGCGAGGGCUCCUGCAUCACAGUCGAGGGCGGCUGCGUUGCGGAGAACGCCGGUUUCGGCGUGGCGUGCGCGUCCGGCGGACACAUCAGCAUCAACCGCACCACCGCCGUCGCGCUCAACACCGACGGCAACUUCCUCUCGGUCACUGGCGGCAUGAUUGAGAUCAACGAGCAGGAGGCCGCGGAGGGAGGCGACCAGAACGUGCUGCCGCAGACCGAGCUGGCCUCGUAG